GGGAGAGCCUUUGAGGAAAGCCACUAUCUCUACUGCCCACACUUUAAUUGCGAAAAUUUCCAAAAAGUUUUAUGGGCGGAGUGAGUGAAGACUUUAAAUAUGGGGAAACACCACACACUGCUCCAGAACAAGCAUCUUGCUUAAGAAGUGAUCUCGCGUAUUAAAUAAAACGAUUUACAUUCACAAUGUGUUACGGGUGUAAUCGCAAGACAUUUAUGUCCACGGCAACAGUGGCUUCUGCUGCCUCGGGUGGCUGUUACCCCAGGGAAGGGGUACCCGAAGUGUUUACCUUCGAUCCGAUACCCGAGCCCCAAACUCGGCCGCAUGUCUCUCGAUUAGGGAGAAACGGAAAGGCGAAAAAAGUGCUAUACCCAGCAAUGACAAAAAAACGACUCCCAGUUGCCGAGGGCCGCAGCACCGUUCAAAAGUUGCUUUUCCUGUUGCUGGCAGUCCUCUGCUUCCAGAUAUACUGCGCCGAGGAGUCCGUGUGUGCAGUCGGUGACAGCGGCCAAGUUGAGGAGGCGAGCAGUCCAUCUAAACUUGCCUGCGAGCAAGAGCUAAUAAUCGGGGAGGCAGUACUGGAAACUCCGGCUGAAGAGGAUCUUCUACGAGAUUUUGCUGCUCAAACCGAGAGAAGAAGCCGGAUUCUGCUGCUAGUUGGCGUCUCACAGUACAUCAAUGAGAUGAAAGGCAAGCAGUAGGCAAUUCCUGUAAUUAGGGGAUCUAGAUGAACUCGACCCGGUAGUCAGUGUGCCGUGCGUGUUUGGACAGGGCAAAUUAAGAACUCCCAAGUAAUUAAUUUGGAGAUUUAUAGUGUUUUUUGCUAACUGCUAGAAGUGUACUGCCGUGAAACCAAUGAAGAGACAGAGUUAUGAAGAACACGAAGUUUAACUGUGCUUAAAUUUAAGCAAACGCGUUUCUGAAGACACGUGGUUAUUUUUAAAAUCUGUUUAUUUAUUUAAAAAAUAUGUAUUUGUUUAUUUAUUUAUAUAUUUGUUGAAGUUU